CUCUUGUUGGCGGAGAAGGUAAAUAUAGAAGCGGCCGUAUCUUAGCUCCCGCUGCCUCAAGCCUCGCUAAAUGCCGAUCUGGCGGAAACAACGGGGCUUUGCUCAACCGAGUCUCUCUCAUCUCCGACCACCACCUUCAACCUCCCUUGUUUUUCUAGCCUCCAAUUCACCAUGCUGGUCUCUCUGACUGUUGGCAAGGUGGACGCGGGCGUCGCAGUUCUCUUGACCGAGGACAACCGCCUGAUUGAAUUCCCCUCCGUCCUUCUUCCCAACGGCAUUUCCUCUGGCAGCAUUGUUGACAUUACUGUUGCGCGCAACCAUGCAGCGGAGACAGCCAACGCAUCUGCCUUCCAGUCUCUCCAGAAGCGUAUCCUCAAUACCUACGGUGUCAAAACCCCCUCUCCUCCUAUCCUGCGCCUGCGCAAUGCCACUCAGACCUCCCUUGUUCUCGAAUGGGAUCCAAUCGACUUGGCAACCGCAUCCCUGAAAUCGCUUUCCCUCUAUCGUAACGGCUCCAAGGCAGGCUCGAUACCCCGCCCCCUCGAGACGCGCAGCACCAAGAUUAGCGGCCUGGCUGUCCAUCAUGAGUACACAUUCCACCUCGUCUUGCGCACAACCGCCGGCACCUACCAGUCGGAGAAGUUGACAUGCCGGACGCACAAGAUGACCGAUCUGUCUGGUAUAACUGUGACCGCUGGCGUUCUCGACCCGCAGCGUAAGGAGGCCCUUGGACAUGCACUGGAGCGCAUCGGAGGCAAGAUGAUCGACUCUGUUCGCAUCGACACCACCCACUUUGUCUGUGCCGAGGGACGGGGUCCCCUCUGGGAGAAAGCCGUGGAGAUGAACAUCCCGGUCGUUGUACCUGAAUGGGUGGAUGCGUGCGAGUCCGAGGGAACGAUUGUCGGCGUGCGUGACUACUAUCUCAAUGCAGACCCCAAGGCGCGCAAGCUGGGCACCCUUCACGGCUCUUCUCACCAACGCACCACCUCGACUAUGUCUACAUCUUCGACAGUCAACCAGGGCCGGCCCAGUAGUCUCCAGCCACCAAUCAGGGAGGAAGAUCCCGCCGCAGUGGAACCGCCUCUCACGCCGUUCCCAGGUGGUGAGAUGAGCAUUCAGCCACAAGCACAAACCCAGGAAGUCAGGUCCGAAGACGAAGAGGAGACACCACCACCUCCACCUCCGAAGGACGAGUCCGAUGACGCGGACGAAACCCCGCAGACGAAUGGAGAUACAGGAGAUCUAGGUGGACUGGAUGAGAAGGUUCAGGAAGAACAGGAGACAAGCGAAGAGAGCACUCUUCCACAGCAUCUGCCCGAGGGAGACUCGGGGCCCACAAGUAAUGAUGAAAGCAGCAAGGGCAAAGGCAAAGACGGCGAGGGUGACUUCAACGAAGUUCCACUCUAAUGUUCUUGCAUCUCGUCUUUCUGUCUACCACGGCACGUCUACGAUUAUAUCCAGUACAGGUUCAUGCUAUUGAGUUUGGGCGCUUUCCGUUACAGGUCGGGGCUUCGAUUAUGAGUAUCGAUUCCCGUCCCUGAUUUUGUCUCUUGCCGCUCGUUUGUAUAGUAGAUAGCCCUGUUUUAAUGCAAAUUUUGACAUCGAUCAACCUCUGAGAUC